UUUAGUAGGGAAUGUCCAUGAUAUUGCGCUUCUGAUUCUUCAAGAACCUGUCCAUAAUAUGCUCCCAAUUGAUCUACCUGGUAGUAACGAAAUGUUUACUAAUGGUUUGGUGAAGAUUGUCGGUUGGGAAACAAAAAAUUCCGAUCAUGAUACAAAUUUUCUUCAAGUAGCGGAAGCGAAUUUAAUGGAUCCACAAAGCGCUGCUCGUCAGUUUGGAAUGUCCAUAACUGGUGAAGAAAUUGUAGCAGUACCAUCUGAAGGAAAAGUAGUGAAAGGCGAAUAUGGCUCACCAUUGAUAUUCACAAAUAAAUCAGGAAAACAAAUUCUCAUUGGCAUUUUGACUAACCCAAGCAAUACUGACAAAGAACCAGAUAUUUACCUAUCAACCAGUGUUAAUAUUGAUUUUAUAAAUCGUUACCGCUGUGAAAAGGACUCAUGCGUUUAAGUAUAUAAUUAGAAUAUUGCAGAGACCUUUUCUAUUAAAAAGCUAUACGUAUCAAAUCUAAAUUGUAAUUGCAAUGAGCGUGUAUUUUUCGAGAAUAUAUCAAAAUAAUCAACGAUUUAUAUAUUCCAGUUUUUAUUAAUUUAAAAGAUUUUUGACAUGGAUAUAAUUUUGUUUAUUUAUUUACUAUUUAAAAUAUGCCUGUCAUUCCUUUAAAUAAAACCUAAAAAGAAUCCAUAUUGAA